AUGGCUCUGCAACAUUGGUAUCACAGUUGCUCAGAAACGCACCGCGAAGGAGUCAUUGCAGCCGCAUUGGCUAUAUGGAUUCUGUACCUUGUCUCGCUGGCGGUCUAUCGCCUGUAUUUCAGUCCACUGGCCAAGUUCCCAGGUCCAAAGCUCGCUGCGCUCACAAGAUGGUACGAGGCGUACUACGAGAUAGUAAAGAUUGGGCAGUACUCAUUCAAGGUUGACGAGUUGCACGACAAAUUCGGAGGCGACAUGAACAUCCAGCUAAUCUUCGUUACUGGCCCAAUCGUUCGGGUGACCCCGGACGAGGUACAUAUCAGAGAUGCCCAGUUCUAUGACCAGAUGUUUUCGAGACGAGCUAUCCUAGUCCUUGAACCCGUCGUCCGCGAGUAUGUUGCGUUGCUAUGUAAAAGGGUAGCCGAGUAUGCCACUAAAUCAAAGCCGUUGGCCAUCACCGUAGCUCACUCUGCUUAUACCGGCGAUGUAAUUGUGGAAUAUUCCUUUGGCUUUUCCUACAGGCAUCUUGAAAAUCCGAACUUUGAAUCAUUUCAUGAUGCAUUGAUGGUGAUGGGCUUGUCUGCCCAUCUUGCUUCCCAGUUCUCGUGGUUCCUUCCUUUGGUUAAUUCACUGCCCGACUGGUUUGUCGAAAAGAUUCAACCCGAUCCAGCAAGUCUGCUGAGGCUAAGGCGGGAUCAUUGGGAUCUGAUCGGCCAAAUUAUUCGGGGAGAAGAAGCCGUUAGUAAAGUUAAGCUCCAUCCUACAAUAUUUCACGAAAUUCUCCGAAGCUCCCUUCCGCCAGAGGAGAAAUCACAGCAACGUCUCCUCGAUGAAGCCCAGAUUGUAGUGGCGGCUGGUAAUCCCUUCGUCUGUCAUAUGGCCUCUCAGGAUGAAACCCUCGUGCUCACGACAAGCCUUUGCAGUAUGGGAAAUGGACUAUUCCCGCGAAUACCACCAUCACCAUGUCGAUUCCUUGCACGGGCAGAGUUGAAUUACGCAUUUGGCACCGUCUUCCGCCGCUUUGAGUUCGAAUUGUACGAAACCGACAUCACCGACGUGAAAUACAAACACGAUUUCUUCAAUCCGCCUGUCAAGAUGGAUAGCAAGGGUGUCAGGCUCCUGGUUUCUGAGGUAUCUGAUUAA